AUGGCUAGGGCUAGGGGGAGACCGAGACGCGCACCAAGCUCAAGCAGCUCCAACUAUGAGAGGCAGUGGUCUCCGCUGACGCUGGCCACCUUGCGUAACAUAAGAGAACGUCCUCAUCAAAACUGCCAUAGGAGGAAACCAGGGAGCACCGUCACUUACCGUGAUCAAUCCGAUUAUGGCUAUGGCUGGCUGCUGCCUGGUUGGGUCGCUGAAGAGCGCCGCAUGCGUACCGGCAGACUCUAUAGGUAUUACUAUGAUCCAUCGGGGCGUCAGUACAGCACCAAACGCGAAAUCCAACAUAUAUGGGCUGUUUGUGGCCUGAUGCUCGUUUAG